AAAGAUCAUUGAACAUUCAUGGGUCCAUUUGAUCAAAAAAUAUAUUGAUUAUUGACGAUUGAAAUCUAAAACCAUCACUAAUCUAAUCUAAUCAACCAUACAACCUUCGAAUAAAUAUCUGUUUUUUUGUUUGUUUGUUUCUCUUGUGUUUUAAAUAUAAAAAUCAUCAAUGUUUUGCUCACUUGUCAUCAAAUAAAAUUGAAAUAUGAAUCAACAACGUAUUGAUCGGAAAUUAUUAUUGAUUCUAGUCAAAUAUGUAUGGCUAUUACCAAUAUUGGCCGGCAUAUUAAUCGCCGCUGCAUGUUUAGUUCCUUACAUUAUAUGUGUUUAUCAUGGCCAGGUGAAUCCAUUUCUACCAUAUAUUAGUGAUGCCGGUACACAAUUACCAGCGGCCGGUUAUUUUUCCCAGAUUCUUGAUACAAUUGGUGUGAUUAUAAUGGUCAUAUUCUAUAUACGUUAUCGACAAAUUGAUUAUUAUCUUAUUACGGUCACCAUUUCAAAUGUUGAACAAACAAAUAAUGAUGAUAAUAAUAUGGAAAAACAAAUGACAGAUGGAAAAAUGAUUGAUAAAAAAUUAUUACAACGAUUACAUUUACGCAAUAUAAUAGCAUUGAUUGCCAGUAUUGUUGCUGGUUUUUGUGUAAUUUCCAUCGGUAAUUUUCGUGCUAGUGAAUAUCUAACAUUACACUGUAUAUCGGUUUUAGUAAUGGUCAUCGCACACAGUAUUUUGGUUAUCGAAAAUAUAAUCAUUUCAUAUCAUCUGAAUAGACUAUAUAAAAUUGAAAAUCGACCAACAUCAUUGAUAAUAUUGAUGAAUAUUGCCCAUUUAGCGGCAAUAAUGUUGGCAAUUUCAUCGAUUAUGUCAUGGAAACAAAAUCGACCAUUUAUAAUGGAUAAUGAAAGCCGUUUUCAUUGGCCACCAAAUACAAAUGGUUAUUGGUGGCAUAUCACCAGCACUGUUAGUGAAUAUAUCUAUUUUACAGAUGCAAUGAUAAUGUUUUUUAUAUUUGGUCGACGUUUCUAUCAAUUUCAUCAAUGGGAUCGUGUAUUAUUACCAUGAUGAAACAAACAAAAAUUGUAAUAAAAAACAAAACACAUCACAUACCGAUAAUUAUCCAUAUGAGAAUGAUUUUUGUACUCAUUGAUUUAAUACAAGAAUUGUGGCAAAUAAAUUCUUUACAUGAAUCUAA